GAGCAGCAUGGCGGAAGCGGAGAAGAAGUCACUUGCCUCGCCUCAGAGCGAGGGCCGAAGCGAGCGCGGGGAGGAGACCCCGGAAGGCGGAUCCGCAGCGGCGGCUGCUAACCCGGCCCCGCCUCCGGCCGGCUCGCCGGGCACCGAGGAGCCCGCCGGCGACACGAAGAAGAAAAUUGACAUCCUGCUGAAGGCCGUGGGCGACACGCCUAUCAUGAAGACCAAGAAGUGGGCCGUGGAGCGGACCCGCACCAUCCAGGGCCUCGUUGACUUCAUCAAGAAGUUCCUCAAGCUGAUGACCUCCGAGCAGCUGUUCAUCUAUGUAAACCAGUCUUUUGCUCCAUCUCCAGACCAAGAAGUUGGGACCCUCUAUGAGUGUUUUGGAAGUGAUGGCAAGCUUGUACUGCAUUACUGCAAAACUCAGGCAUGGGGAUGAAUGACAAGCCGUACAGUUGUUUAGGUGUUGUCUUCAAAAAUGGAGAAGGGAAUAACUUAAACUCAAUCUGUAAACACACAGAAAGAAGGAAUUUUGUAUUUCUGCUUAUGUACAUUUAUAAAAAUUACGCAGAUGAAUACCAUAAAAGAAGAGUUACCUAUGCUAUCCAAUCAUGUAGCUUUUUUCUGAUGUACAUCUGAGAUGCAGAAAAAAUCUUCAUCUGCCAUCUACAGAGUGAGCCAGCUGUCUUGCUGCUGAGUUCUCAGUUGCUGUAUCUGAAGGGAAACUCUUUCACAGUUGUCUGGAGGACUGACUGGACGGUCCUGUCACUCUGUAUGCUGUACUGAAGAUAAAAGUUACCUUUUAAAGGGGACAUUUAUUGUACAUGUAGCCUGGGAUUCAUUUAACUUCUGACAUGCUGUACAUCUGUUAUGUGCGUUCUGUUAUUUGUGAAGUCUUCAUCUUGAAUAUGCACCAUCUCAUGUCAUUGCAAGGCAGUAUUUUCAUUUUUUUCCUCAUAGUUAAUAUGUAGGUAUUGAAGUAAUUAGAUUAUAUACCACCCUGUGCCUUCAUCAUGUCAGUAGUUUAGGUACCUCAUUUAAACGGUUCACCAUAAUGGUAGGCCUCAGAAAUACUUUCCUCCCGCCCAGGCUGUGUAGUGAUUCGUUGAAGGUUGAGCUAGCAGCUGACAAAGUGUUUCUCUUGUAAUAACUAGCAUCAUUAGUUGAAUGAUGCAACUACUCAUUGCAUCUUCAGCUAAUGAAGAAGUGGACAUGAGGUGCUAAAAAGCUACUGGUAUCUGUUCUCCUUUUGGCCCUUGUUAUUUUCCAGGUUCACCAGCUGCAUGUUCCAUCAACAAAGUAGAAUGCAUUUAUAUCCUUUUGAUAAAUCAUAAAUAACAUAAUGAGAAUUUUUCUUUUCUCAUCCUGGGAGGACUUGGUAUCUGGACUAUGGUGCUGACCUUUGCUUUUGUUGGAGGGCUUGGGGGGGGUGGGGGUGGUUUUUUGUGAGUUUAUUUUAAAUGCCUGCUGUACAAUCUGUUAUGUUUGUUUAAGCUGACUAAAUCAAACAUUAGUCA